UAUGUAUGCGUGAACAAUGUAAUAAUUUGAUUAUACGCCGAAUAUCAUAACAUUAUUGUUGCCUUUCUGGACAAAUAAUCCAGUGAAAAACGUUCAUUAAUUUAAGUUUUGUGAUAUGUAGAGUGACUUAAAGGUGCAUACAGUAUGUCCUUCGAUUUCGGUAGUUUGCCACUAGAAAUAGUGCAGUUAAUUUUCGACCAACUCACGCUGGAUGAUCUCCUCAGUGCCAGUUUGGUUUGCCGUGAAUGGUACAGUGCUACAGAAGCGUCAAUAACGAAGAAAAGUUGGCUUGCAAUCCAAUUGGAUCGACACUACAUUCUCACCGAGCUGGAAUGGAAUCGACGAAGCCACUGCAAUCUCCUGCUGACCACGCUGCGCUCGUGGGAGGAGCUGAAGCCCGUGAUGGAUGUUUGCACCGAAAAAUUCAACCUUCGGAGGCUAAAAAUUAAUCGGUCAUGGAUCGAUAAUGUUUGUCAGUUUUUUCAGCUCUAUGCCAACUGGGUGGACAAUCUGGAAGAAGUGCACAUUUCGCUAGAUCAUCGAUUUUUGCAAAACGACACCUUUAGUGGAAGAAGUUACACGAUACUGUUGCCCGCAGCAAGAUGCUUGCACUGGAGUGAGAUUCAUAUAAGGAAAGGCAGCAGGGCCAUCACCGUGUAUGCCCCUCAUCUGAAGACAGUGUCUAUUAGCGACAGCUUCGCCAGCAAACUUGAUCUUGUACUACCUGACUGUCAUUUUCUAGAAACAUUGGAAUGCACUUUGUAUAGGAAAAAUUUUGUGGAUCUUUACAAGGCAUCUUUCGAACAUCUAACUACACUUAUUUUGCGCAUAUACUAUACUGUACAUGAUGUAUAUUUUUUACACGCAUUGACGAAACUGAAAUGGCUUACAUUAUUAGUUGAGCUCGAUAAAGAUCUGUUGGAGCCGCUGUUUGUAGAAACAACGAAUGCGAUUAAUAGUUGCUCGGGUCUGGAAGGUCUACAACUGAUUCUAAUGGGAGACACCGCUUCUUCAAGCAUCAAUCUGUACCGCUUGUCUGAAUCGCUGCCUCGACUGAGACAACUGGAGCUGAACAAUAUGUACUUAUGCUCCGCUGGAAGGACAUCAGUCUUUCACCAAUUAACCACCCUUAAACUAGUCAACGUAAAACUAAAGGAAGACGACGACAUUCUAGAAAUCAGCUUUUCAUCCCUGCAAACAGUGUCCUUAGAUGUGAAGCUGCUCCCAAGAGUGAACCUUCCCUCGCCAAAGAAAGUAGAGCUUUUCGUGAAUGUAGAUUCGCUUAAUCUAGCUGAAGCUGUAGAUUCGUACUUGAGUCCAUUUUUGAAUCAGUUCCAUUCAAAUAUCCGUACCCUUACUCUGUUCAAAUCUGGUGGCUCUAACACUAGAGUGGAUUCAGUGUGUCCCCAAAACGCUUUGAUGGGAGUGCCACAACUGAAUCUCAUCAACAUGGCUGUCUCCAUAGAAAGCCUGAAAGUCAUCGGAAGUUCAAAAAAUUUAAAACAUCUUACCCUCACGAAAUGUUUACUCGGUAUUCGGGAACCAUUCCGAAAGGUGCUACUCCAAAACUUGAUUGUGUUGGAGAUCAGGCAGGUGCAGUUAAGUGAUCGGAAGCAGCUACUGUUUCCGUUAUCGAUAAAAAAGCGGGAUGAGCUUAGGGGACGAUUACUACGUGGAUCCAUCUUGUUCAAUACAUCUUGGGAUGACGAUGGUCUAUCUGGUUCGAACUGUGGACCAGCGAAUGGAAAAAUAAACCCGAUGUAAAGGUCGAACAAAACUAUUCUCACAAAAUAACUUAUCUUGAAUUGUUGUACAAACUAUUCAUCCAACACGAUUUCAUCGAAAAUUGCAAACAACUUUCGUGAUUCCUACUGGGAUAUGGAUUCCUACGAAUUGAGUGUAAUCUAGUUAUAAGUUAUCAGGUCUUAAGGCGUUCUACUCACAAAGAAAUUUGAGGAAUUCUUCGACUAACUUUGAAAAGCACAAUUUAAUCAUUUCGAUCUAUGAGGUUGAAUAAAUUAAAAUUUGUGAAUAAAAUCGAAUAGUCUGUGAA